ACUGCUAUGUCCCCAGAAUUGACAAGGGAUCGAAGGUAGAGUCACUGAAGCAUUUGCACCGGGACCGUUAUAUUGUCAUCAAACCACCUGUUACAGGGAGGGAGGCCUCUGUAACGCCAUCCCUCCCACAAAAUAGUAUGGGACGGAGUUUCUUUGGAGUACGCUAAACGGGAUAAGACAGAGUGCCCUAGAGUUAACUGACGCAUGCGAGCCAGCAAGUUGACAGACAUAACAAAACUUGCGUCAACAGGGGACAGUCCUACUAGGAAUUACGGACGUUGAGUAGAUAGCUGGUCCUCCAAAAUGAAAUUCGCGGAGCACCUUUCGUCCCAUAUUACUCCGGAAUGGAGGAAACAGUACCUUCAAUAUGAGGCGUUCAAGGAUAUGCUGUAUGCGGCCCAGGACCAGGCCCCAUCCAUAGAAGUCACAGAUGAAGACACUGUCAAGAGAUACUAUGCCAAGUUUGAGGAGAAGUUUUUUCAGAAUUGUGAGAAGGAGCUUUUGAAGAUCAACACAUUUUAUUCAGAGAAACUUGCGGAAGCCCAGAGGCGUUUUGCCACCCUGCAGAAUGAGCUGCAGUCGUCUCUGGAUGCGCAGCGUGAGAGCAAUGCGCCAGGUCUGCGGAAACGCAAGACGGUGUUCCACCUGUCCCAGGAAGAGCGCUGCAAACACCGCAACAUCAAGGACCUACAGCUGGCCUUCUCCGAGUUCUACCUCAGCCUCAUCCUACUGCAGAACUACCAGAAUCUGAACUUCACAGGCUUCCGUAAGAUCCUGAAGAAGCAUGAUAAGAUCCUGGAGACUCCCCGUGGGGCUGACUGGCGCGUGGCCCACGUGGAGGUGGCCCCCUUCUACACCUGUAAGAAGAUCACCCAGCUCAUUUCUGAGACUGAGGCUGUGGUGACCACAGAGCUGGAGGGAGGGGACCGUCAGAAGGCAAUGAAGAGGCUGAGAGUCCCUCCACUGGGGGCAGCACAGCCUGCUCUAGCCUGGACUACCUUCCGCGUUGGCCUCUACUGUGGGGUCUUCAUCGUCCUCUCUAUCUCCUUCAUCCUCAGUGGUGCUGUACUCAUCCGGUAUGAGAACGUGUGGCCUCUGGUGCGUAUCUACCGUGGUGGCUUCCUGCUAAUCGAGUUCCUCUUCCUGUUGGGCAUUAACACGUACGGCUGGCGCCAGGCGGGGGUCAACCAUGUGCUCAUCUUUGAGCUGAACCCUCGCAGCAACCUCUCCCACCAGCACCUGUUUGAGAUUGCAGGGUUCCUGGGGGUGCUGUGGUGUAUGAGCAUCCUGUCCUGUCUGUACUCUGAGUACACCAUGCUGCCCAUGCAGGUCAACCCCCUCAUCCUCUACGGCUUCAUGCUUCUCUUCCUCAUCAACCCCUUCAAGACUGGCUACUACAAGUCCCGCUUCUGGCUGCUCAAACUGCUGUUCCGUGUGUUCACGGCGCCGUUCCAUCGCGUGGAGUUUGCAGACUUCUGGCUGGCCGACCAGCUCAACUCUCUGGUGAUUGUACUGAUGGACCUGGAGUAUCUCAUCUGCUUCUACAGCUUUGAGCUCAAAUGGACCGACCGCAAAGGCCUCCUGCCCAUGUUCAACAGUGAUUACACAUGCCACAGUUACUCCUACGGUCUACGUGCCAUCAUCCAGUGUCUGCCUGCUUGGUUCCGUUUCGUGCAGUGCCUCCGUCGGUACCGAGACACCAAGCGAGCUUUCCCUCACCUGGUCAACGCUGGCAAAUACUCCACCACCUUCUUUGUGGUCACCUUCGCUGCACUCUACAGCACCCACAAAGAACAAAAGCAUUCCGAUGCAGACAUGUUCUUCUACCUGCUGAUGGUGUUCUCAGCCGUCAGCUCCCUGUACACUCUGAUCUGGGACCUGAAGAUGGACUGGGGCCUGUUUGACCGUGGAGCAGGGGAGAACACCUUCCUUAGGGAGGAGAUUGUCUACCCACAGAAAGCGUACUACUACUGUGCCAUCAUAGAGGAUGUGAUCCUGCGUUUUGCCUGGACCAUCCAGAUCUCCCUCACCACCAUGACCAACAUCCCCUCUGUGGGAGACAUCGUGGCCACCGUUCUGGCUCCUCUAGAGGUGUUCAGGCGUUUUGUCUGGAACUUCUUCCGUCUGGAGAAUGAGCACCUGAAUAACUGUGGUGAGUUCCGUGCCGUGAGGGACAUCUCGGUGGCUCCGCUGAACGCUGACGACCAGACGCUGCUGGAGCAGAUGAUGGACCAGGAGGACGGAGUCAGGAACCGUCAGGGCAAGAAGAGCUGGAAACGCAGCUACAGCCUGUCCCUGCGGCGCCCCCUGCUGUCCUCUCAAUCAUCCAAGAAGGACACCAAGGUGUUGAUUGAGGACACGGAUGAUGAGGCCUUCAGCUGAGCCCAAAGCACCAGCUCUACAACCCCAGUGAUCACUCCAUCACAGAGCUGCCUCACACACACACACACACCACACACACACCACACACACACAUACACACACACACCACACACACACACAUAUACACACACCACACACACACACACACACACACACACACAUGCACAGGCAGACACAGGUAGACACGCAGGCAGACACAGGUAGACACGCAGGCAGACACAGGUAGACACACAGGCAGACACAGGUAGACACGCAGGCAGACACAGGUAGACACGCAGGCAGACACAGGUAGACACGCAGGCAGACACAAACAUACACACUAAUACAUAUAGACAUACAAAGAAACACACAAUAAUUCAGUGACACACAAACAGAUUAAUUUAUUCAAGCACAAUCUCAGUAUAUGAUAUUGGUAUAGAUGAGAUGGGAUUACACACACACACACACACACACACACAGUUUUGAGUUCUUCAGACAAAGAGGGAUACACACAGGAACAUAUUUGGAAAACCCACCAAGCACUGGGAUUUUCCUAUGAGUACUUUAAUUUAACAGACUUUAUGUUGAUACUUUUUUGUUUGUAUAUUUGUUUUUGUAGUUCUUUGCCAUUUUUGGAGAUGUAUUAGAGAACAAACGACUGUUUACAUGCAUUUAUUAUAUUAGGAUGAACAGGGAGAAGAAAUAUUUAUCAAAAAGACUAAUAAUAAUAACAAGCCUGAGCAUGGACUCUGGAUCGCAACAUUUACCACAGCAUAUCAACAACAUCAACUGGUUUCAACCUGUUGCUUCCUUUUCUACUCCACUUACUGGGUUGAUUUUGUUUACUGAGUUGUAAUAAUAAAGUCAGUGUAAAACCCUGGCGGCACUUGCAGGAAAAGUGCAUUUAAUACAAACAAACAAAAACAACUUGUACAAAAAUAUAAUUUAAACAUAUUUUAGUCUGUGAAAGUUGCUUUGUAUAUUUGUUCAUGUGCACUAUUAUGUACUCCAUGUAUUAUUUAGAAGAAUGAGAAUAGCUCAAGCAUCUGUGCAAUGAUAUGUAUGUGUUUCUCAAUGGUGGGAAUGUUGAAUUAGACUUGUGCCAUGUUUUCUAAAAAGCUACUGUUUCCGUAGAAGACUAAGAACACUUCAGGUGGCUCAUUCUCCCUCUCAUAUAAACUUUUCCCACAGAUCAGUUAGCCAGCCCAUGUUACAACUUCAAAGUUUUGCAAAAACAAACAAGUCAAUUAUCUAAUUGGCUUAGUUCAAGUGCCCUACAUGUUCAUAACUGUACUUUGCUUUUCUGCUAAAGCGUUAUUUUAAUGAAUGUUGUUCACUGGCGUAGCAUCAAUCAUCUAGCUAGCCUGAGAAGAAUAGUCUGUUUGUUCUACUGAGAUGUCUGAGAGUCUCGUGCAUUUCUCUACCCUUUUAAGAAUACUAUCCCAUUCUCUCUUUUUAUUGCUCAACAACUAAAACAACACUGUGACCAUUUUCGAUUGCAGUGUUUUCUACUGAUUGUGUGGGGCACUUUGUAUUUUCUCUGUUGUUCUACUUUCUCAGAAGCAGUGGAGCGAGAUCAGCUGACAGUGAUCAGGGUUUUCCACUGGGGUUCCUCUGACUGUAAUACCGCCAAGUAGAUCAUGUGGCAUCUUCACAGGAUAUUGAUUUCGUCUGUUGAGAUGAGUUUUCCAUGGGAGGGAUGCCCUGGCUAAACAGGAGAUCCUCAUCUGUCAUGUCUGCUAGCACUUUCACUAUCCAAAUAACAGUCCACACCCUGAUCUGCCAUUCUUCCUCUGAAAUAUCUACGAACUUUACAACAAAGCUACUGCAUCACCUCUUUUGAAUAUAGAAUGCAUGCGUCAUGUACAGUAUCAUAGGCCCUGGGACUCUGCGUGUGCCAGGGUUUUUGGUGGUAGGGUUUGUCAGGCCUGGGACCAAGUGAGCGAGUCGUAUACCUGCUGUGUCAAGUGAUCUUUAAUCCUGGAAAGACUAUGCUGUGGAACAGUAGUUCUCAGAUCAGAUAGCCGUGAUUAAAUAGGCCCGUCCUCCUUGGGUUGUAGGGCCUGCAGUAUUUACUCUGUUGUUUAGGACUGGGUUAGCUCACAGUUUCAAGUCUCAGUGCCCAAAAAUGAUGUUGAAGGUGAAGUUGAUUUAUCAUUUAUCAACUCAUUCUACAGUACAUGUCUGUUUCUCAUGCUUUUAUGGCAAUGCACUCAUCAACAAAACUCAUGAUUUUGUUUUAACAUAUGUUGUUCCUUGAUUAACAUUGGUACUUUUUAUUACUUGGUUUCGCCAAGAAAAAGAACCCCAUGGAAAUGGUUCAACUGGCAUCCAUUGUUAGCACUCUUUUUGUUUGUUCAUUUUGUUACAUGCAUGCUUUACUUAUAUCAUUUUCAAGCUGAAUCUAUCGGCUGUAACUUUGAAGCGGGUAAAGCCCCUUAUCGUGGACCUCGUGGCUUUUCAAGGGAAGGAUAAGUGUGUGUUGUUGACUGCUUUCUCCCCACUCACUGUGUGUGACAGCCUCUCUCUGUCACCCCGGGGCUCAACUGUGUUUACACAAUGCAGUAGUUGAUGUACAGUGUUGAUGUGUCGAUCAAUCAGCAUGAGCUUGUCUUGCCUUUCUCUUAGCCUUUCUUUAUUAUUUAGACUGUUGACGCGUCUAAUGAGAAAUGACAGUUGGGGUCCCAGCACCAAAUAUUUGUUUCAAUUGCAAAGUUCAUAGGCUACAAAAUGUUGUAAAUGUGUAAUAGCACCAUCAACAACAAGAAAUACACACAAUGUCGUGUGCCUUUGAGAUAGAUUUCUUCCAUGACUGUGGUGAUGAUGCACUUAGACAUUUGGCAAUUAUGGCUGUGCAAUGAAGUCUGCUAGUGAUAGAAACCACUAUCACAAAACACACAAUUCAAUGAUCUAACUACUGAUUGUGUCCUCUUUGUUGGAAGAACAGUUGCUUCCACUUUCUUUCCACACUCACUACAAAUAUGGAACAGGCUAGUCAACCAGUCUUUCCACCAAAGAGCACCCUGCUGCAAGGUCACCUUUGGCAUUUCAGUCCUUUUGAAGUGAUGGAGAGCUCUUCUACCCCCCGAAACACACACACAGAUACACACACUCUCUGUUUAAUCUAGUCUAAAACACUGUUAACACUGUCCUCUUUUGUCAGAGACCACAAACUUCUCCCUCCCACCUUCAUGAGAUUGUUUAAGUAUCACUCUGACAAUUGUCUUGCCUGCAUGCUGCUUUUGUUUUCCAUUGUACAUAUCUGAAUGAUUGUUUUAAUUAUCUGGAGAAUACUGAUUAUUCUAGCUGUACUGUUCUUCCUUGAUUACAUACAUUGUUUUUCAUUUAGCUUUAGCACAAGCAGUAUUCCAGGUGUUGAGGAGCAUUUUGAUUGUUCACAAUCCUGCAUUCUUUAAGUGUAAAACCUGUUGAAUUGUGUUUGUUAAAAAAAAAAAAGAGAAAAAGUAGAAAGUGAACCUGGAUUGUGAUUGGCUGUAUCUUGUUGGUGUUUCCAUAUUUUUUCCUGGCUCCCUCAUCCUCAGGGUUUGCGUCCAGGGCUACUGGAGGGAGGGGACUAGGGGUUGACAACCCUCAGUCAAGCGAGUGAUGACACUAACAAGAUACUAAUGGUUUCCUAAGAUGAAAGCAUUCUAAUGCAUAUGACUGCUUAGCAGUUAUUCACUAAUUUAUGUACAACUGAGCCAUUUUUUAAUGUCAAGAUAUGGUCAGAAAGUGAUAACCCUUUGACAUUGAGGGUUACUUUGUAUAGGUUUUUUCUAAGACCUGAAUCAUACGCAAGCCCUGACAUCACAUUUUCUCAUGAGUAAUACCUCUCAAUGAUUUGCUGAUUUUACUGCUUGCUAAAUCCCAUGUUAUGUGCUUGAUGUCUCUGCAUAUUUACUUCCUACUUGAUGUUGUUGUACCCUUUCUAAAGUAGAAGACUAAUGGUGUCUAUAGUAACUACAUGGAUGUACUUUAAACACGUUAUGAAAACUGAUAAAAAGAUCAGUUAUGUGGUUGUGUUUUAAAAAGACAAGAAAGGAAAUGUCUUACAAUAGCCCUUUUACAGAGUAGAUUGUAAAUGUUGAGUGUAUAACGCUGUACUAUGAUGGUUUUAACGAUGGUCUCAUUUGUAUUUCUGUAUACACUUUGGUGAUCCUGUCACAUCUGGGUUUUAUAAACCACGCAUAUUUUUUUAAACUGUC